GAAAGCAAUCGGGGAAAAUGAUUGGGAGAAAGUUGGACUGUAAAAGCGAUUUAAUCUGUAUCGAAUUUGAAUCUAGGAUGAAACACGCGGGAGUUAAGGCCACGGUCCGUCCGCGACCUAAAACUACUUGGAAGCGUCACGAUCACGCCGGCAUGGCAUCGACUUCGUCACGGGGUCAACGAGUUCACGGUGCCAGGUAGUGCGCCGAUAGUAUACAGUACACUUCCUAUCCCUACAUUUCUUAGUGCACCUUCGUAUCCCCCACCAGCUCGAGCGCAAGCGAAACUUAAUGUAACGUUCCACCUUAGUAUGUAUCUACCUACCUCUGCCUUGAUCUCGAUGUUUCAGUGGGUCUGUGUGUCAACAUGGGUCGCAUGCCCGCGAGCAUGAGAGAAUCCUCCGCGUAAGGAGAGCCGAAGGAGAACGAGGCGAACGCGAUCCGAAGAACCGACGGAGAGGACUAACACUGUUGGUUGUUUAGAGUUUAGAGGGAACGUCGUCGUCACGUGCUCGUGGGCCCCGCUGGCAUGCCCCCUUACGUGGGAGACAGCUCGGUCCGGAUUUCGCGAGGGAUGGUGGAUCAUGAUGGUAUAUAUCCGCGCGGAUUCGUACGAACAUCGCCAGUUACGUUUUGAUCCUGAAGCCCGCGGGAGUGCGCUCGGUGGUCUCUGUUCCACUUUGUAAAAUUAUCCGCUCGUUCCUGUGACGUACUACGACACGUAAUCCCGUGGUUUUAUCUCCGCCAAGGAUUAAGGAUCUCGAGUUUUUACCAUGGAUCUCGUCACGUCCAAGUGUGUGUUUAUGCUGUUGGCGUACUGUGCCUUCUCAGCCGUUUGCCAAGCGUCCUCCGGAGCCAAGGAGGACGAGAGUAUCGUGGACAGAAGCUUCAGGGCGAUGUACAAAGUCUACGAGGACUGCCAGCAUAGGAACAUAGCUAUAUCGCCGUGUCUGAAGAAGAAAGCCAUCGCGUUCUUCGAGAGACUCGGCGGGAUGCCUACGCUUCUUCUAUCGGAGAAUUUAGAGCUGGUCAAGGUGGCUGACGAGAUACCGAAGCGGUCUGUCGCGGAGAUGGAAGCCAGCUUAGGCAGGACCGUGUCCAGCAAGGACGAGAUCUUGAAUGAAAUCCUGUUCGAUCGCAUCGCUUCGUUGCUCAACAGCUUCAACAUCCAGAUUCGACUACCGAGGACCACUCCCGGCGAGCUUAAGACCGGUAUGGAGGAAGGCCGUGGCAAGAUGAAGAAGAUGAUGGGCAUGAUGAUGAUGGGAGUAGCUAUGAAGAUGGCAGCCCUGAUUCCGAUCGCCCUCGGUGUGCUUUUCUUGUUGGCCGGCAAGGCUCUCAUAAUCAGCAAGAUCGCUUUAGUGCUCUCUCUUAUCAUCGGGUUGAAGAAGCUUCUCGCUCAGAAGCACAGCCAUCACGAGCACAGUAGCUGGCAGCCGAGCGGCGGCGGCGGCUGGGACAGGAGUCUGAAGAACGUCCUCGGAUCGACGGAGCCGUCGACGACGGAGCAGAUCCGCGAGUACGCACAGAGCUUGGCCUAUUCGGCGCGGCAUCAGCACUGAUUUUUUUUUUUUAUUCCCCGCAAAUGCAACGAGAGGAACGAGUCUUACGGUUCCGUUGAACGUGCAUGGACGCAACUGGCAUCCUUUGUUGGACUAAUCGAUAAUUCUAAAGUGAUAAUGCGACUUCGUUUAUUCCGAUAUUUUCGCUUAAAACGCACUUCGCGCAAGAGUGCAAAUAAACGCGGCAGAGUUUCGAUUAUCCUCGCUCGGGGGUCCUAGAAUAAAUUUAUUUCUUUGUACGAAUUCAGACGAGUUUACACGAAAGAUGCCAAGUAAUGGUAAUUCACAUACU